AUGCUUAUUUUUUUUGUCUGUUUUACAUAUUUAGCUAUUAUUAUCUUCAAUAAUUUAUCAAAUUAAUAUUUUUAUAUCUUUUUUAAAAUCUCAUGUAUAAAAUCAUUUAAAUUUAAUUUAAAACUUUUCAUAAUAAAUCAUUUUUGUAAAUAGAUAUUAUGUAAAUAAUAUAAAUCCUCUCACUUUUAGCAUAAACAUAUUUUAUUAGAUUUAAAUAAUUAAAUUUUUAAUUAAAAUUUUAUUUAUAAAAAUUAAAAUAAUCUAAUAUAAUCAAAAUUUCAGUAUUUACAGUAAUAAUAAAAUUUAAAUUUAUUUGAAUUAAAAUGGCAGUUAAUUGAGAUAUUAUUUUAAUUUUUUUGUUUUAGUUUGUUUGCAUAAAGUAAGUAUGGUAUUUAAAAAUAUUUAAUUAUUUUAGACCUUUUAGAAAAUCUAUUUGGUUAUUAAAAUUUCUUAUAAUUAAAAAUUGUCAAUUAGAUUUUUAAAUUAUUAGUUAAAUUAUAAAUAGGUAGAAAUAAAAUGGGCUCUAAAAAAAAGCAAAAUCAAACAGUAAAGUGUCUUAAAUGUAAUGAAAAUAAUUCAAUACACUGGGCAACAUGUCCUACUUGUAAAUAAAAUUCCAAUAGCUUCCAAGGCAAUUUAGCAUCUUAAAGAAAUAGAAAUAUAGUAUCAGAUAUAAACAUCAAAGGUAGUAAAUAAAAUUAGAUAGAAAAAUAUGAAGAAAGAAGUUUAAAAAAUGCAGAUUAAAAUUAAUAUAGCAUAGUGAAUUAAUAUAGCUAGUUUAAUUUCAAAUUUAGUAAAUCUUUUUUCAAGUAUUCAAUAAUGAUUAUUGUCUUAACAUUAACUUUAUGUAUACUUAUUCAUGAUAUGAAUGGUCUAAGAUAAAAAGAUCUGUAAGUAAUAAUAAAUGAAAUAGACUAAUGUAGUAUGAAUUAUGAUAAUCAUGAUUGUGAAAAAGUUAUUUCUAGCUCAAAAAUUACUAAAGAAUGGAAAUAAAUGUGUAUUUAAUGGAAAAUUUGCAAAGAUAAAGAUCCUUAUUCAGAGGUAUAAAUUUUAAAAAUUAUGACUCUUUAUUUUGCAGGAAUAAUGAGUUUAUCUUUUGAUUAAAUGAAUGGAAAAGCUAUUGGGAUAGUACUAUUUAUAUACUUUUUUGGGAUUAUUCUAAAACACUUUCUUUCUUGUCUUUGCCCAAGAAGAAAGUAAUGA